AUGGCCAGCCCAAGGUCGUCUGCCCUUCUGGCGCUGCGGAGUCAGUCCUCCUCGUCGCAGCAGAGUCUCCAGGAGAGCUCCUCCACCAGUCAGUCGUCCAGCAUAGACCCCUUCAAGUUGGCGCAAAGUGACCUCGACAACCUCUUCAUCGACAUCCGAAAGGAGCUGAACACGGUGAUGCCUGAACUGAAGGAGAUCUCCAGCUACUACUUUGAUGGCCAGGGAAAGGCCAUUCGGCCGCUCAUCAUCAUCCUCACCGCACGUGCCUUCAACUUCCACCUGAGCGGCAAGUCGGAGCUGCUCAACUCGCAGAAGCGGGUCUCGCUGAUCAUUGAGAUGAUUCACACUGCCAGCCUUAUUCACGACGACGUCAUCGACUCUGCGGACACUCGCAGGGGAAAACCCUCCGUCAAUGUGCUCUGGGGCCAGAAGAAGUCCAUCUUUGCGGGUGACUUUGUCAUCUCCAGGGGCUCGCAGAUGCUGGCUCGGCUGAACAGUACUGUGCUGAUAUCACUUCUCUCGGAGGCCAUCAUCGACCUGGUCCUGGGCGAGUUCAUGCAGAUGGGCUCGAAGGAGGACGUCAACGAACGCUUCGCGCACUACAUUCAGAAGACGUUCAAGAAGACGGCCAGUCUGAUUGCGUACACCUGCAAGUCAGUGUCAUACCUUUCCGGUGCCAAUGAGGAGUUGCAGGAGGCGGCUUUUCAGUACGGCCGCAAUCUGGGCAUUGCCUUUCAACUGGUCGACGACCUGCUCGACUUUGUCUCGAACCAGGCCGAGCUGGGCAAGCCUGCCGCCAACGACCUCAAGCUAGGUCUGGCCACGGCGCCCGUCCUCUUUGCCUGUGAGAAGUUCCCCGAACUGAAUGAGAUGAUCAUCAGACGAUUCAGUGAGCCGGGCGACGUGGAGAAGGCCUACGAUGCGGUGAUGAAGAGCGACGGCAUCUACCACACUCGCAUGUUGGCUCGCAAGCACGCAGAUGAGGCAGCCCGCCACAUAGCUCAACUGGCAGACAGUCCGGAGAAGCAGGCUCUCAUGGUGCUCUGUGACAUGGUGCUCAAUCGCAAAAAGUAA